ACCCUGGACGGUGACUUCCGUUUUCUAGGGAUGCGCUUCCGGGUCACGCUAACGCCGCGGUUUCCUCCACUCGCUUGGUUCUACUGUGGGUCUGGACCGGUCCCCAUGUCCUGCAGCGGAGCCCCUGCAGCCUUUGGACUGUGAAGACUGCUGAGAGACACUUGCCAUCCAGUCACAUAAGUGGAAUAAAGAAAUAUUGGUCCUCAUGGAAGAAGAACAAGAUUUACCAGAGCAACCAGUUAAAAAAGCCAAGAUGCAGGAAUCGGGAGAGCAAACUUUAAGUCAAGUAAGCAACCCCGAAGUCAGUGAUCAGAAACCUGAAACUUCAAGCCUUGCUUCAAACCUUACCAUGUCAGAGGAAAGUAAGUACCAAAUUCUCUGCAUGACAUUUUCUAUUACCACUCUUCCAAUGAAAUUGCUCUUGUCAAGGCCAUCAGUAACUUUCAAUAACUGCAGACCGUAUGCACAUAUCCUCUCAGUUCCUGUUUCGGAAACUGCUUAUCCUGGGCAGACUCAGUACCAGACACUACAGCAGUCUCAACCGUAUGCUGUCUACCCUCAGGCAACCCAAACGUAUGGACUACCUCCCUUUGGUGCAUUGUGGCCAGGUAUGAAACCUGAAAGUGGUUUAAUUCAGACUCCACCUCCAAGUCAACACAGUGUUCUUACCUGCACUACAGGGUUAACCACAAGCCAGCCAAGCCCAGCACAUUAUUCUUAUCCCAUUCAAGCUUCAAGCACAAAUGCCAGCCUGAUACCCACUUCAUCUACAAUUGCCAAUAUUCCAGCAGCAGCAGUUUCCAGCAUCUCAAACCAGGACUAUCCCACCUAUACUAUCCUUGGUCAGAGUCAGUACCAGGCCUGCUACCCCAGCUCCAGCUUUGGAGUCACAGGCCAAACUAACAAUGAUGCUGAGAGUACCACAUUAGCAACAACCACAUACCAGACGGAGAAGCCUAGUGUCAUGGUACCUGCGCCUGCAGCACAGAGACUUUCCUCUGGAGACCCUUCUACAAGCCCAUCUUUGUCCCAGACUACACCAAGUAAAGAUGCUGAUGACCUGUCCAGAAAAAACAUGACUGGAAAGAACCGGGGCAAGAGGAAGGCUGAUGCUAGCUCUUCCCAGGACAGUGAAUUGGAACGGGUAUUUCUGUGGGACUUGGAUGAAACUAUCAUCAUCUUUCACUCCCUUCUUACUGGAUCCUAUGCCCAGAAGUAUGGAAAGGACCCAACAGUAGUGAUUGGCUCAGGUUUAACUAUGGAAGAAAUGAUUUUUGAAGUGGCUGAUACACACCUAUUUUUCAAUGACUUAGAGGAGUGUGACCAGGUGCAUGUGGAAGAUGUGGCUUCUGAUGACAAUGGCCAAGACUUAAGCAACUAUAGUUUCUCAACAGAUGGUUUCAGUGGCUCAGGAGGCAGUGGCAGCCAUGGAUCCUCUGUGGGUGUACAGGGAGGUGUGGACUGGAUGAGAAAACUGGCUUUCCGUUACCGAAAAGUGAGAGAAAUCUAUGAUAAGCAUAAAAGCAACGUGGGUGGCCUUCUCAGUCCCCAGAGAAAGGAAGCACUGCAGAGACUAAGAGCAGAAAUUGAAGUGUUAACAGAUUCCUGGUUAGGUACUGCACUGAAGUCCUUACUUCUCAUCAAGUCCAGGAAGAAUUGUGUGAAUGUUCUGAUCACUACAACCCAGCUGGUUCCAGCUCUGGCCAAGGUUCUCCUAUAUGGACUUGGAGAAAUAUUUCCUAUUGAAAACAUCUAUAGUGCUACCAAAAUUGGUAAAGAGAGCUGCUUUGAGAGAAUUGUGUCAAGGUUUGGAAAGAAAGUCACAUAUGUAGUGAUUGGAGAUGGACGAGAUGAAGAAAUUGCAGCCAAACAGCACAACAUGCCUUUCUGGAGGAUCACAAACCAUGGAGACCUAGUGUCCCUCCACCAGGCUUUGGAGCUUGAUUUUCUCUAAGAACUGGAAUGAAGAGCCUUCCCCAUGAGCUGCUUUUCACUCCUGAAAGGAGCCGGAGACUGGAACCAACUGAGAACUCUCUCUUUCUCCAUGGAAUGCUGGCGAGAACAAUCAGAACCAACAGCUGCAAGGGACGAAGCUUAUUUUUGCUAAGAGUGAGCUGCAGCCCCGUUGGGUUCAUUCUCAUGCAGAAGCAGGACAGUUGGAUUGAGAGAACAAUAGACUCACUGCAGCUACAGUGCUUUUAAUUCUGUGUUUUUUGUUUUGUUUAUUUUGUUUCAAAAAAUGAAGUAGAGAAAACAAAAGGAAAUUUUGGGGGCAGAGUUGCACUCUUUGUCCAUGACCUGGUUGAGAACUGCUGUUAACUUGUGGUGAUAGGAUAAAUGUGGCAGAUUUUUGUAAUAACAUCUCUUGCAGUCUUUAUAAACUCCUUAGCUGUAGAACAUAUUCCCAGUGAAUGUAUAUGUAAUUUUUAUAGGUAAGGAUCUGGCCUCGGAAGCAGGUUUUCCCUCCUUUCUUUCCUAGCAAGAAAGGGAUGUGUAAAGUUUCCUUGGAAAAUAGUAAUUGAAAUAUCUGAAAUACCUCUCUGUGUGACAGUAGCACCUCUUUAGUUGCUCCAGUGGUCUGCUUUCUAGGAUGGUUUCUCUCCUGUUCUUCCAUCUCCUGGUUUGCUGAACUGUGGGGCACUGGACACUGAUUAACUUUAGACUCUGGUAUUUCCCAUCCUAGAAGCCUCAGUCCCCUUUCCAAUCCCUCCUCCCCUUUAACCAAAUGGCACAAUCCUGGAAACUUCUUCUCUUAGACAGUAAAUGCUAAGCCUUCAGCUUGACUCUGAUUCAAAGACUAUGUCCAGGGGGCUUCCCUCUAAACUGGAGAGAAGGGACUAAGGCUUCUUGUGAAUUUUCACGUCUUUGGUUCUUGAACUAGGACCGUUCCACCUUUUCCUCCUGCAGAGAGGCACUCCUCCCCCAACAGAUGCUCACCCUACAGCCUUCCUUCCUUCUUAGUCCCCAGUGUCAGCUCCUGUCCCUUUCCUGCCCUGCAUUCCUCACAGCCACCUCUGUGCAGCUCUGGCCAAUCCCUGGGCUUUGGACCCAAGAAGUCAAAUUAAGUCUAAGAACAGGCUCAUAACUACAUUUGGCCAAAACUACCAAUGUAGUUGACUUUCUUUGAAGCCCUUAAGCCUAGUAAGGGUAUUCUGGGUAUAUUGACCCAGAUCUCUGUCUGGAACUGAAGAGAUUGCUGUGAUCAAAACCCAAUUUUCCCAUGGUACACCCUUCCCUCUUCUCAAAUCUCAUUCUAAAGUGGAA